UAAUAUAUUCACUUGAUUCCUAAUCCACCAAUAAAAGAAUAUUUUGGUUCGACCUGCUCUACAAGACAUAUUAUCAGAAUAAACAUUUCUAGUCAACAGGCACUUAUCUCUUCAACAUCAGAUUACCAUCUUAUUGCAAGAUUCCAUUGAUUUACAGCAACAAAGGAAGAUUUAGAAGGUAUGACAGAAGCCAUGUCUAGCAUAGGAUCAAGAUCAACUGCAAAUAUUCAGUCUUGUCAACGAUUUCAAACGACAAUCAUUUCCCAUCCUGCUCAUGUUUCGAUUAUCCCAAGAUAUAAGCAAAAAUCUGAUUUCCUGAGAAAGCACAGCUUGCGAUCUUUCAAUACUGUCAGGAAUAUAGUUGUCUACAGCGGGGUUCAACCUGGAUCCUCGCCUCCUGAUUGUUUUCCGGGUUCAUGGAAAAUGUGGCUUUUGGGAAUAGCACUAUCAGCGAUUUUUCCCUUUUGGGCGAACAAAUGGGGGCCAUUUAAAAUAUUCGAAAAGAAAAUUGAAGCAGUUGUGGAGACAGUUGAAGACGUUGCAGAGUUUGUAGAAAUGGUGGCUGAGGGAGUAGAGAAGGUGGCGGAGGAUGUUUCCGAUAAUCUUCCAGCCGGGAAACUCAAGGAUGCUAUUGAUCGUAUUGAAGAAGUGGCGGAAACAGCUGCUAAGGAUGCCCAUCUAGUUGAUGACUUCAUCGAUAAGGUGGAAGGUUUAGAAAAGCAGGUUGACACAGCGAUAGAUCAGGCCAUUGAUCAAGCCGAUGAAAAAAUCAAAAAAUGAAGACAAUAAAAAAUGAAGCCGAUUUCUAAUUUUUUUUUUUUUUUUUUGGUAAUUUGUGGAAAUCAUAUUAGUGGAUGAAACUUGCGGGAAUUUUGUUUUUAACUUUAAUUUAAAAUAAUACUUUGGU